AUGAAGAUAUAAAUAUUUAUCAAGAAAAGAAUCAUACGAAUAACAAAAAUUAUGUGAAUAAUUUUGAGAUGAGUGAUCAGAAGGAGGAAGAGGAGUAUAGCCAUAGUAGUAAUAGAAGUGAGGAUGAAGAUGAGGAAACAACUAUAGAUAAUGAAAUUAAUAGGUCACCUAAUAAAUCUUACAAAUUAGGAAAUAUUAUAGGGAAUGGUAGUUUUGGUGUUGUAUAUGAGGCUAUAUGUAUAGAUACGUCAGAACAAGUUGCGAUAAAAAAGGUUUUACAAGAUCCACAAUAUAAAAAUAGAGAAUUAAUGAUUAUGAAAAAUUUAAAUCAUAUAAAUAUAAUAUAUUUAAAGGAUUAUUAUUAUACUGAAUCUUUUAAAAAAAAUGAGAAAAAUAUAUUUUUAAAUGUAGUUAUGGAAUAUAUACCUCAAACUGUACAUAAAUAUAUGAAAUAUUAUUCUAGAAACAAUCAAUCUUUGCCAAUGUUUCUAGUGAAAUUAUAUUCAUAUCAACUAUGCAGGGCUCUAUCAUAUAUUCAUUCAAAAUUUAUUUGUCAUAGAGAUCUUAAACCUCAAAACUUAUUAAUAGAUCCUAGAACACAUACACUUAAAUUAUGUGAUUUUGGUAGUGCAAAAAAUCUAUUAGCUGGGCAAAGAAGUGUCUCAUAUAUUUGUUCAAGGUUUUAUCGAGCACCUGAACUUAUGUUGGGCUCAACAAAUUACACAACACAUAUAGAUUUAUGGUCCCUGG